AUGGCAGCAGAACGGAAACCGACGUUCUUCCAGUCUCUCGCUGCUGGCGGACUGGCAGGAACAGCGGUCGACCUACUAUUCUUCCCGAUAGACACCGUCAAGACGCGUCUGCAGUCUGCACAGGGAUUCGUAAAGGCUGGCGGCUUUCGGGGAAUUUACAAAGGUGUGGGCAGUGUGGUUGUUGGAAGCGCCCCAGGAGCUGCUGCAUUCUUUUCUACGUAUGAAGCCAUGAAGCACUCGAUUCCUCUUCAUGGCCAACUUGCGCCUGUGAACCAUAUGUUAUCCGCACCAGGACGCAAAACAUCGAUGUAUGGUGCUUCGACAUCUUCGUUUAAAGCCGCAACGCUUGUCCUGCAACAUGACGGCAUUCGCGGGUUCUAUCGUGGUUUUUGGACUACUAUCAUGCGCGAGAUACCCUUUACAUCACUCCAAUUCCCGCUAUAUGAGUUUCUCAAGCACCGAUUAUCAAUAUAUCUGGACAGAAAACCCCUAUAUGCACACGAGGCUGCCGUCUGUGGGAGCAUAGCCGGAGGAACUGCAGCAGCACUAACAACCCCGCUCGAUGUCCUCAAAACACGCGUUAUGCUCGAUCUCAGAGACCCUUCGAAGCAGCAAGUGCCGAGUCUUCCUGCGCGAUUUCGGCAAAUAUACGUGCAAGAGGGCGCAAAGGUUCUUUUUGCAGGUAUAGUGCCGAGAACGAUGUGGAUAUCUGCUGGGGGAGCCGUCUUCCUUGGCGUCUACGAAUGGGCGGUUCAUGGUUUUAUGAGCACCUGA